CUGUUCUCGAGCGCCCCCUCCUCACGGCAGGACACCAAACGAACUGCACUGCUCGAUCGGUUCCUCAGUGGGUGAAUGCAGUUGAAGAGACAAUAACACAGUCUGCCACACAGCCUGAACUCGUCUCGCUAUGGAUCAGCACCAGGACUUUCUGAACUCGGGCCUGGACGGCCACGCCCUGGACAGCCACGCCCUGGAGUACGGCUCCGGAGAGCCCGUCGCCUCUGCCAUGGUUGACCUGACGCUGAGUGACAGGGACCAGGGGGCGGAGCUAAAGAAGAACGGGGUGUCGCCCACGCACCUGGGACCAGGAAAUGACCUCAUGAAAGCAGAGCCCAUGGAGCCUGCACCUGAGGAGCACACAGAGGAGCUGCCUGAAAUCGCUGAAUCUAACAGCGCCCCCUCUGGUGAGGAGGUGCAACUGGUAGCCCGAGGACCUGAGAAUGACAUCGUCCCCUCUGCUCCUGUGACAGGUGAAGAGGAGCGUGAGACUGGCCCCCUGGGCCGCACGGCGCCGCACCAUAGCGCCGACGCGGCCGGCUCUGCCGAGGAAGACGAGAGCGAAGAUGACGAAGAAGGAGGAGGAGGAGGAGCAGCGGAGCCCGCGAGCCCGAGAGAGCCGCUUUCGGGCCCCGGGGCCCCCGGCGUCACGGCGACGGACGAGCCUCGGCUCCCGUUCCCGCGGCCGCUGGGUUCGGAGAGGGCGGGGGGCCCGCUGAAGGAGAGCCCGGACGGGCGGACCCUCAGCAGCUCGGAAGAGGAAGACGCUCCGCGGCGCGGCGGCGGCGGCGGCGAAGGCGAAGGAGAGGGUCCGCGCGGGGAGACCGUCCCGGACCAGCCCCUCGGCGUCGGGCCGUUCGCGGGCGCGGGGGACCCGGCGCAGUCGCUGGUGCGCAGCUCGGGCGUGGCCGACCUGUCCUCCCCGGGGGGGCGCAGCUCCGGGGACGACGAAGAGGAAGAGGAGGAGGAGGAGGAGGAGGAGGCCGCGCGUCCUGCCGCUCGCCUCUCGCCAGACGAGGCCAAGAGGCGCGGGCUGUCGUUCGAUUACACCGAGCCGCAGGCGCAGGACGGGCGGGGCUUCCCCGCGGGACGGCUGAACGGUUCGGUCAGGACGCCGGAGGAGAGCCGGAGCCCGGACUCCUGCCGGGCGGACCCCGGGUCCCCCUUCUCCCCCGGCGCGGCCCCGGGGCAGGGGGAGUCUCCCGGCGGUGAGGACCAGACCCGCAUCCAGGACGAGGACGAAGACGAGGAAGACUCCGCGGAAGAAGCCGAAGCCGAAAGCGAAAUGGCGGCUCAGGUUGAGAAGCGUCUGGAGCCGGAGGAGCCCGAGGAGCCCGCGGACGCCGUGCAGGUGACCCCGGGGAAGUACCUGGAGCCCCGAGAUGAAGACCUCAUCGCCCCGGCGUGCGCCGCCCCGGUCACCAAGACCGCCCCGGUCACCAAGACCGCCCCGGUCCUGGAGGCCACCCCGGUCCUGGAGGCCGUCAAGGUCGUGGAGGCCGUCAAGGUCGCGGCUCCAGACGCCUCACCCAAGGACGUGAGCGCGGCGACCCCACCCAGCGCCCCGGCGGCCGCAGCCCGGAAGGCACAGAGAGCCCCCGCCACGCCCGCGGCCGCCCCUCCCCCCAAGGCGGGCGCUAAAUUUCAGAAAGCUCCCCCCGCGGGGGCCCCUGCCAGCCGAAAGCCAAACGUUCCCGCUGUCCAAAGCAAAGCCAAACCUGCCGCUGGACCAGAGAGAGCUGCCGCCGAAAAGACCGCCAAGAUACCUAAAGCAACCACCCCUGCAAAAGCUAGACCCACCUCCACCCACAAAAUACCUCCCUCUCCCACACCCACCCCCCCGAAAAAACCCUUGGGUACCUCCAGCCCCGGGUCCUCCACUGGCAGGCCUUCAGCAAUACCCACCCCCAGCAGAGGGGGCGCCAGGUUGGGGGCUGGAGAAGGAAAAACUAGCGCCUCCAAGACACCAGGAGGCGCUAAACCGCAGCCUAAAGCCCCCGGAAAGGCACCCCCUCCUGGUGGUCAGACAGCUGCUUCCAGACCAGAGCACAGGAAGCCAGGCGUGGGGAAAGCUGACAAAGAGCUGCCCAAGACGCCGGACCGCAGCGGGUACAGCAGCCCCAGCACGCCCAAGUCCCCCGCCAGCCGCGCCAGCGCCCCGGGCCAGCCCGCCGCCAAGGAGGUGAAGAAGGUGGCGGUGGUGCGCACCCCGCCCAAAUCCCCGGGCUCCCUGAAGAACCGCGCGCCCGCCCCCCUCGUCCCCAUGCCGGACCUGAAGAACGUCCGGUCCAAGAUCGGCUCCACCGAAAACAUGAAGCACCAGCCGGGAGGGGGCCGGGUCCAGAUCGUUCACAAGAAGAUCGACCUGAGCAACGUGCAGUCCAAAUGCGGCUCCAAGGCCAACAUUCACCACAAGCCAGGUGGGGGCAACAUUGAGAUCAAGACGGAGAAGCUGGAUUUCAAAGUGCAGUCUAAGAUCGGUUCCCUUGGCAACAUCGGGCACGUUCCCGGGGGCGGUGCGAGGAAGAUCGAGUCGCAUAAGCUCACCUUCCGCGAGCAGGCCAAAGCUCGCACCGACCACGGAGCGGAGAUCGUCUGCAAGUCCCCGGACGGCGGCUCGCCCCGCCCCCUCAGCAACGUGUCCUCCUCCGGCAGCAUCAACAUGACGGAUUCGCCGCAGUUGUCCACGCUCGCCGACCAGGUCUCCGCCUCCCUGGCCAAGCAGGGCCUGUGAUUUCCUCUUGCCGACAAGAUUCUUGCCUCUAGGCAACAACAAAACAGUACAAAAAAAUAAAUAAAAUAAUAAUUCAAAAAAAUUAAAGACAAAACAAAACACACCUCCGUUCUCCCCCCUUAACCUUCCAGAUGUAAUUGAUGGUUUUUCAGGAUCAAUUUCCGGGUUAUAAUAGUUAGAACUGGGUUACAUUUUUUUAAAAUUGCACAGUGCAGUGAUUAUAUGUAUCAGCCGUUUUUGUUAAUUUUCCUAUUUAGGGAGAACAUAAUUCUUUCCUUCAAAGUUUUUUUGAGUGGCAAUGCCUUUGGAUGCCAGCCCCUCAACCAAAAAUUAGGCUAAUUACCCCUCCUAAACACAACAAUGGCAAAAAAAAUUAAAUAAAAAUAAAUUAAAUGUUCAUGUAAACUGUCUCAGGGUGCUGGUCAUCAAAGAAGGCUGUUUAUUUGUUGCAGAAUUAGAGGACGUUUCUCAGAGAAACGUCCACGCGUCUGGGAUGUAGUUACCCACUGUGUACCCAUUAUUAAACUCGGCAAUGAAUUACUCUAUUGAAUGUGCUAAAUUCUCACAUCCGAGCACUUGGUAAAGGAGCAACCUAUAUUCCAACCAAUGGGAAAAUGUAAUCUGAAAAAUUCCAAGGGAAAUCAUGCUAAGGUGCGUUUAAGAUAAAUCGCCGUUCGCUGCUGCCGAGAUUUGCUUUUGAAGGGAAGUAACACUGUGCUACGCUCAUCACUGUACAUUUUAGCGCCUGACGUAGGCUAUUGAUGUGUCCAGUUUGUUUCUCAAAUUAAUUACUAAUUUAUUAUGCAGUAUUGACCCAGCCGAAGAACUGGUCUUUGAAUGCCGUGCCAUGAAAACCUUCUGAAUCAGGUCCACACGCCUUUCCCCACAGACCUGGCUACCGUUAGCCCCAGCUGUCCCGUUAAUGUGAAAUUUGGUGCCAAAACGUGCCAAAUUACCCACUGCAGUUUCAUUUGAAGGUUUUUUGUUUACGAGGGGUGGAAAUGCGCUUUUUUAGAAAUCUGCAAAAAUGUAUUCAAAUGCUUCUUAAUUUAGUGCUUUAAGCAAAAUUGUAAACAAAGUCAUUUUCAGUUAGCAACGUAAGAGUUCUCCGGCUCAUGGCAUAAUCUGCCCUGGCUUCAACACAGGUGCAUAUUAACAGGCUCUCUCAUCACUCUGUCAUCUAACUGCCAGACAGAUGACCUAGAGUAAAAAAAACUCCUGACCCGGACACUUCACGGGCCCUGGCCCAAAGUAAGGAACACAGGAGCACACGUUGUUCGGGACAAAAGACACUGUUAUAUUGACCAACGUGUGCUCCAGCGGUCCUUACUUUGGGCCAGUCCCUGUGAAGUGUCUGGGUCAGGAGUUUCAUCCUUGUUUGACCAUCCUGGCUGUUGAGCACCGAUCUGGUCCUCUUAGCUGAUUUGGGCAUCUCUCUUUAUCGUAAUCAAGGGGGAACUCGGAAAAAUGUUUUUUUUUUUUUUUAAUUAAACCUCUUCCCACGUAGGAACAGAGAACGUUGUACUUGUGCAUGUAAAACAGGUCUUGUAAGCCGAUGGUCCCCAUCUAAAAAUUAGUCUUUCAGAAAGUGGACAGGCUGGCUGUGAAAAAAAAAAAAAACGCAAAGUUGUACUUAUUACAUCUAUGUUUUUCGUCAAGGCUUGCUAAUCCGUCCAUGACUCACGUCAUUUGUUGACACUGACAGCUUGUCAAACUAACUUACGCACAUUUUUCAGCCUGACUAAAUUUAUGUGCAUCGGUUUCAAAGGUCAGUUCGUGGACUGACUGGAUUUCCAGGGUGGGAAUGUCAAUACACAGGAACAGCGCAUCACAUCACACAAUUAUUUGCCUUCAAAAAAAUGUGUUUGUAAAUGAUUACUGUCAUGGGUGAACAGUGAAGGAAACAUCCGGGAGAUUUAAGUGUGUGACUUUAAGGAUCAGCCUGUAGGGAGCGGGUUCAGUAGUUCAGUUGAAAACGUGGCGGUCCUCUCGAGGAUGUUGUUGUGCACGGUCCUGAGAAUGGUACCCAGUUAUAAACCCCGUUUUAACCCAGAUGUGGAUUUACGGUAGGAAAGGGAGGGACACUUCGCAAACAGCUCUUUCACCAUUAGAUUAGAUUACAUUUCUAUCGUUCUGAAAUGUUCACAUGCAAUUAAAAAAAAAAAAAAAAAAACAUUUCCCUCUAGUGACUUUCCACCAGGACUGUAAAAAGCUUAGAAGUGGGCUUUUAACUUAUGGAAUGGCUAUUUUAAAAAAAGGCUUAAUUUUCAACAAAAAAAAAUCAUGUGGGGAAUUUUUGAUUGGUGGACUCUGUCAUGUGGGAAAUUAUUGAUUGGUGGACUCUGCAUGGGAAUUAAUGAGGGACCUGAUGAUGUAGAGUUUCAUCGGAAAUGCAAAUUUUAGAAUGAGUGAAAUAAAGUAGCAGAGGCAUAAAUGAACAAUUUACAAAACAAAAUAUGCCAUGAUGUGGUAUAGAACGGUCAAAGACGUGUGCGUUUAAUAUUACUAAGGAAGUUGAAUUUCUGAAGUUGUGGGAUUUCAAGAUGAAAGCAAUACUGAGAAGCUCAAACAAUCAAGGCCAUUUUAAUUAGUUAUACUCCUUGCCCUGGGUGCAGUGGAAAAAAAAUUAAGCCAGAGCAAUCGCUUUCUUUCAUACAUUAAGAUACUGAGUAACAGAUAAGUUAAGAUUUCCUCUAAACAAAGAAUUGUGAGAUAUGCUUAAAAUCCUUAAAAAGCUUGUGUUCUCUAUCUUUCCCCCCUAUAGUAUUCUGUGGAUGUGAGUGUAACUCUGAUAUUAAAAGCUGAUUUUAAUCAUGCCUGCUGGCAAUCUUUCUCGUUUAUUUUUUACAGUUUCAAGAGAAUGCUCUUCUGUAUAUUCCUUUUUUUACAAAGCAAUUGGUGUAAACACUUAACCGUUUUCAAAUGGCUGACCUGUCUUGAAAUGACAAACUAUCUACCUUUUCUCCUUUCUGGCGUGAACGUAACGCAAGUGUGUUAAAUUGUAACGUUUGAAAAACGAAGUUAGACGUGCAUUCCAUGGAACACUGGAACCGUUCAGAGACGUGUACGUGUACGUUGAGUAAAUGGUGGACUGGUGUGUCAUUGCCAAACUUGUGCAGAACAAUUUCGCUUUUUUUUUUUUUUUUUUUUUUGGACAUGCGAUUCAGUAACGUCCGAUACUGUCACAGAUGCAGAGCGUCUUCUGCUUGAUCAGCAGAUCUGAACCCUAGUCACGAAUGACCUUUGACCUGAUCUGGCCAAACGUACUGCGGUGCAUUAAACCAGGGGUUGUCAAACCGAAGUCACGGAGGGCUGCAGCGAAGGCAGGCUAUUGGGGGGUUCUCCUUUCAAUCAGAUGCUUUAGCCAAUCAACAGCCAAAAUUAAUCACUGAUGCUGAAAUUCCAAAAGCCAGACGACACUGCAGCCCUGUAGGACUGGAUUCUGACUCCCGUACCCGACUAGCUCACCCGCUGUGCCACCGUACGACUCGCACUGGGUUUCACCCGCUGUGCCAACAGCCCUUCAACAUGGGGUUCCGGUCUGACUGAAUUCAAGAUGAGGAUUUAAAAAAAAAAAAAAAAAAAAAAAAAUUUAAAAAGGGGAAAAAAAAAAACUGAAUUCCCUUUCCAAAUGCUUUGUGAGGGCUGCUCCUCCCAAUGUGGGGAGAGAGAGAGAACUUUCUGGAAGAAAUCCCUGCACUUGUAGCAAACACUAAGCUCACGCUCGAGACAUUAGCAGCUUGCAUAUAACUCGAAGUGUUCACUGCCUCCCACUUGCCCCGUCCUGGUUUAUUCUGUGUUCUCUCCUACUUGAGGAUAUCCAGGGAGGGCGGCAGCUGACAGGAGCCAAAGCGAAAAUGGUGGCGGCGAAUCCUCCUGACCGACUCGGUGGAGGGAGCCGGCCUUCAGCGGCCCAAAUGCUCGGGGCUCGACGACGACGUCGCAGAAUAAGCGUGGGAAUGGAGACGGAAGCGCUAGCGUUAGCCACGUUCGUUAGCACGUUCUUGGUUCCUUUUUUCCCCACCUAAGUUCUUCACCAACGUCCCGAUGUCCAAAGAGGACUUCUGUAGCAUUUGCAUUCUGGACAUUACUGCAUCAGACGGGUGUCAAUGUAGCUAGAAUCGGCAGGGUAGAGGGUUGUUUCAUAAAAAUAAAAAUAAAAAACUAUGCUCAAGAACAGGGUAACGGAAGGUUCCAGUCAAAAAAAAAAAAAAAAAAAUUAAAAAAAAAAGAUUAAAAAAAGGUUGGUAUGGUAAGAUUGGGCUCAAGCUUUUUUUUCAGCGCUGUACAUUUUUGCUUUAAAACUCUCGGAGCGUAGGAAAGGUACCGUAGUUUUGAUCUCGUUGACUUUUUCUUGUUCCAGUUUCUUUAGUCGCAGUUUCUCCAUUCUAGCUUGGCAGUCGUGAUUGUCCAUAUUGUAACUGUGCGUUUUAUUAAUGGACCGGUUUACACCAAUACUCGUUUGCUGUAAACGUGCAUUUGCAAAAUAAAGUCGGUAUUACGCAGA